CUCGCCCUCUACAUCCUCCAUGAUUUCACCUUGUUCCGACGGCGAUGUUGGCCUAUCAUGAUUAACUGGCCAAUAACCCCGCCGCCUAGUAGCUUUAGUCGGCUUGCUGGCGCAUAUAGACCUCGGAACCGAUCUUGCAUGUGGAAGCGUUCCCCAAUCGCUAUUUUAGGGAGGGGAGGACCCAAGUGGCCGGAACGCCAUCAUCAUGAUGGGGUAAAUAUAUAUUUAAAUAAUCCAAUUGCGGGUCCGUUUUAUAACAUCAACCGUCAACCCCAAACCUUCAUUGUUCACGAAUUAUCUCACCGCAGCGUCUCUCUUCUGAGUGGGAAAGUAAAGGCUUCUAUCUAACAUAUCAAUCUGAUAACCGCCAAUUAAUUUUAAGAAAUAUCAGAGAAACGGCCACAAUGUCCCAAGAACGGCGCGAAAGCCAAACCGCCGUGUUCCACCGCAACAUACAUGAUAUCCCCAAGACUGCCGUGGGCGGAGAAGGGAAUUACAUCAUUCUUAAUGAUGGACAGAGAGUCCUCGACUCCACUGGCGGCGCUGCAGUCUCAUGUCUCGGGCACGGGAAUGAACAGGUCAAGGCCGCUAUAACCGCCCAGUUGGACCAGAUCGCAUACUGCCACACGUUCUUCUUUGCGACAGAUGUCUUUGAGGAGUUGGCACACUUCCUGGCAGAUUCAACGGGAGGAAAGCUGUCGAAGCUGUUUAUUAUUAACUCCGGUUCUGAGGCAAUGGAAGUCGCCAUGAAGUUGGCCAGGCAGUAUUAUCUAGAGCUCCAGACACCGCAGCCGCAACGUACCAGGUUCAUUGCUCGCAAGCAGUCGUACCACGGUACUACGCUUGGUUCUCUAUCGAUGGGCGGCCAUCUUACUCGACGAGAGUUGUUCGAGCCAUUAUUACUCCAGAACAUCAGCCAUGUUUCACCCUGCUAUGCGUACCGCGGGAAACGGAGCGGUGAAUCUGAUGCAGAGUACGUCGCUCGGCUGGCGGAGGAGUUGGAUAACGAGUUCCAAAGGGUUGGACCGGAGAGCGUGUGUGCGUUCGUUGCUGAACCAGUUGUUGGUGCAGCUCUGGGCUGCGUUCCCGCAGUUCCCGGGUAUUUCAAGGCAAUGCGAGCAGUAUGUGAUAAGUAUGGCGCACUGCUCAUUCUCGACGAGGUGAUGUCUGGCAUGGGGCGUGUGGGGACACUGCACGCCUGGGAGCAGGAAGAUGUGGUUCCCGAUAUCCAGACAAUAGGCAAGGGGUUGGGCGGCGGAUAUGCCGCCGUAUCUGGCCUGCUUAUCAACGAGCGAGUGGUGGAUGUAAUGGAUAAGGGAACUGGUGCCUUCCGACACGGGCAGACGUAUCAGGGGCAUCCCAUCAGCUGCGCCGCGGCAUUGGCUGUGCAGAAAAUAAUCAAGGAGCAGAACUUGCUAGAGAACAUCAAGAAUAUGGGUUCGCUACUGGAAUCACUGCUGAAAGAGGGCCUUGGUAACCAUCCCAAUGUUGGCGAUAUUCGGGGAAAGGGUCUGUUCUGGGGUAUCGAAUUCGUCAAGGAUAAAGCCACAAAGGAACCCUUUGACUUAAGCCUUGGGAUCGCCACCAAAAUCCAACAGACAUCCAUGACGCCCAAAUAUAGCUUCUCGCUGUAUGGAGGAAACGGAACGGCGGAUGGAGUUCGCGGGGACCAUGUGCUGUUAGCGCCUGCAUAUAAUUCAACGGAGCAGGACAUCAGGACUAUUGCGGGACUAACUAUCAGGGUCAUUGAGGAUGUUUUUGCUGCUGUGAAUGGCGGUGGUUGAUAACAUGUUCCUGUUCAGUACCCGGGGAAGUGUUGCGAUGUAUCUAUUCGACGUCGGGACUUUGGCAAUAUCUAUUCUAGUAAUGAAAUCACCAUGAUAUAUACCAUGGUUGGGGGUUUGCUAAGCAUAUAUUUAUUGUUUUUUGACUGACUAGUUACUCUUAAAACCUUUGCUAGAGCUGACAAAAUAUUUCAGAAAGCCCGAAUGGAUGAAAUAUCAGGUCACCCCGCUGGGCAUUUGAAAAGAAGGAUAUACAUCAUCCUGUAAUUGGUUAGAUCAAACGUACAUACAUACAUUCAUAGUAAUUCCACGGGCGGCUAGGAAGCCAACUUGGUUCCGCACGGAUUUCGUCGAGCGGACGAAGGAUGCUGACGGCUUGGGAAAUCAGAAGAAGGGCUCAUUCUUAGUCCUACCCGCCGCCCAUUGACAGAAUAUCAGAAUUGAAGCCGUGGAUAACCUCUAGUUAGCUCGAGUGAGCGCACACUUCCAACUCAGUUAUAUCCCAUGUGAUACAGCUAGGGAGAAUAAGCAAAGCAGGUUUAGAGGUGCG